AUGUCUCAAACCGAGGCCGCUCGUACAGACUCCUUGGGUGAACAAGAACCCAGGGGCGAUGUAGAAAGCGAUAAGAAACAAAAGAACAAGAGGCCAGCAAAUACCGCUUUUCGACAGCAGCGCUUGAAAGCCUGGCAGCCUAUCUUAACACCGAGGAGUGUGCUGCCUCUAUUUUUCGUUGUCGGUGUCAUCUUUGCACCCAUCGGUGGCCUUCUCUUAUGGGCAAGCUCGGAAGUACAAGAAAUCGUGAUAGAUUAUUCGGAGUGUGCCGAAAAAGCACCCUCGACACCUGUUCCGAUUUCAGACAAAGUCCACUCAUCCUUCAAGUCAUCGAGCCAACAGUCUCCCCCUACUUGGAUGAAAUACCAAGACAAGCAGAACGAGACUAUUUGUCGCUUAAGUUUCGAGAUUCCCGACAGCAUCGGCCCUCCUGUGUUUAUGUAUUAUCGUCUGACCAAUUUUUACCAAAACCAUCGCCGAUACGUCAAGUCGCUAGAUAUGGACCAACUAAAAGGGAAGGCAGUCGACAAUAAAACAAUUGAUGGCGGCUCAUGUGACCCCCUUAAGCUUGAUGCCAGUGGCAAGGCAUACUAUCCAUGUGGACUUAUCGCCAACUCUAUGUUCAACGAUACAAUCAAAAGUCCCGAGCUACUAAACGACGGAAAUCAAGAUGACCCUGUCGUGUACUUCAUGACUAAUAAGGGCAUCGCAUGGGAUAGUGAUAAGGAACUUAUUAAAACCACACAGUACAAGCCAGGGCAGGUCGUUCCCCCACCAAAUUGGCAAUCCCGCUAUCCGCAUAAUUACACCGAGGAGAUACCUGAUCUUCAUGAAGACGAGGAAUUCAUGGUUUGGAUGAGGACGGCUGCAUUACCCAACUUUAGCAAGCUGUCCCGGAGGAAUGAUACCACAGCAAUGGCACCAGGCACCUAUCAACUGGAGAUUGCGCAACACUUCCCCGUUACGGAGUAUGGGGGAACAAAGUCAAUCCUGAUAUCUUCCCGGACCGUUAUCGGCGGGCAGAACCCUUUCAUGGGUAUCGCAUACGUCGUCGUGGGUGGUCUCUGCGUCCUGCUAGGGGCACUUUUCACUAUUGCUCAUCUAGUGCGACCCCGAAAGCUGGGUGAUCACACAUAUUUGACUUGGAAUAACGAGCAGGAAAGCAGCGCCAUGGCAACUGGGAGGGACAAUAGGUUUGGGCCGAAUGCCAAUUAA